AUGAAUUUCUUAACGGUUGCAAAGAUUUAUACAGUGAGUAGAGAUGGUGCGCUGUUUGUUUGGUCUUGUAAUAAAGAUAUCAAUGAGCUGGAAAUGAAGGAUAAGAAUAAUGAAGAUUCAGGUUUGAAAAUAUUUUUUAAAAUCUUAUAUAAGUUUUGUGUCUUGCCAAUUGAAUUUAAAACGACACCAAGAAAGAAUGCGCGAGCUCACCUCCCAUUUAUUAUUUUAAAUAUUCUUUUAUAUUUAUCCAAAUAAGCAGGGUUUAAAAUAGAUAUGGUGAAUUUAGAUAUAUUUGUGGCUUUCUGGUACCUUACAAGUUACGUUUUAGGGGGAGUUCAGGGCUGCAAAUAAUCAUUUUACUUGGAAGGACAAAUGUCUGGCCAAGCCAAAAAUUGGUCGGACAUUUAUCAAUUUUUCCAGGACAAUGGACAAAGUAAACUUUUUCUUUUUUAAUUUCUACCAGCUACACAACAAAGGUGAUGUAGAUUUAUAAUUAAAUCUUACGGUUUAACCUUAAUUAAUAGAAAUAGUGAAGAAGUGCUGUCUAUAUUGCUUUCUUGUUGGUUUUAUUAAUAAAAAAAAUGGAGAUUUGACCAGCCUAAAUCGGUCGGUCACAUGUCCGGUCUUAAAAAGCUUUGAUCGGACAAAAGGUAAAUUUUGGCCGGACAAUGUCCGAUGACCAGCACUAAUUUGCAUGCCUGGGAGUUACUAUUUUUAGACUUUUAGGAUUAGGGAAAGGAUUAGGUUGGGAUUAAGAUUAGGAUUGGAGUUAGGGUUAGGAUUAGGGUUAAGUUUAAAAUACAAAAUAAUACAAAAUAAACCUGCAUGUACAACCCUCACCUGCAUGUACAUACCCCACCUGCAUGUACAUACCCCACCUGCAUGUACAUAUCCCACCUGCAUGUACAUACCCCACCUGCAUGUACAUACCCCACCUGCAUGUACUUACCCCACCUGCAUGUACAUAUCCCACCUGCAUGUAUAUACCCCACCUGCAUGUACAUACCCCACCUGCAUGUAUAUACCCCACCUGCAUGUACAUACCCCACCUGCAUGUACAUACCCCACCUGCAUGUACUUACCCCACCUGCAUGUAUAUACCCCACCUGCAUGUAAAUACCCCACCUGCAUGUAUAUACCCCACCUGCAUGUACAUACCCCACCUGCAUGUACAUACCCCACCUGCAUGUACUUACCCCACCUGCAUGUAAAUACCCCACCUGCAUGUAAAUACCCCACCUGCAUGUACAUAUCCCACCUGCAUGUACAUACCCCACCUGCAUGUACAUACCCCACCUGCAUGUACAUAUCCCACCGCCCUUUAAUACCAAAGACACAGAUCGAGUUUCGACCUUUUAAUCAAGAUUGACAGAAAAAUAACAAAAUAGGCAGCAAAACACGAUCUUUUUAAAUUAAAAACCUAUCAAUUCCAUCACAUAGAUCAAUGGAUUACGGAGAAAAACAAGGCGUUUCUAAUUAAAAGUCACCGGCUAGCGCUGUGAAAAUGCCAACAGCUAUUUUAAACUCCGCUGAUACGAUUUCCAAAAUUUCGAAAUAAUUAAAGAUGUGUAAAGUACUAUUCUCUAAGUAUAAUUAAGUGCCUUGAUUCAGUGGAAAUUCUCCUAUAUAUUGUGUGCGUUUCACUAAGUAAGGACAGUGGAGUAGUACAUGGUAGUCAACUCUUAGAAAGUUAAUAGUCAAGAAAAUAGAUUUAUCGGAGUGAACAAGUCGUUGACUAUAUGUUCACUUUAUAUGUGGUUCUAAAUGCAUAUAAUGAUAAUAUUUAGCAUCAUUGCCCGCUCCUAUAAAUGAUAAGUGGCAAUACAUUCACUUGGGGGGGGGGGGGGGGGCCAACACCCCGCACCCCUCGAUCAUUUUCGAAAACCUUUUAUUGAUAGGCGUUUGACUCAUAUAGCUGAAUAACUGUGUAUUAAAGUUGUGACAAGCUAUAUGCUGCAUGGAAUUUAAGGGAAAUUAAAGAACUAAGUGUCCGCCACUGGUUCAUUGAACGAUCAUGUGUUGCAUAAAACACUUAGAACUUGAACCCACCUACAGUAUUUAUUUACUGAUUUUAUUAUUCAGACGGAGAAGUAGAUGUAAAGUGGAAAAAAGAAUCCAAGUAAGUGCAGUAAUGACUUGUUAUGAUAGAUUAGACAACAUUAAGUGUAAACCGUUGUCAUAGAUACAGAUUCAUGUCUUGCUGUGUAUGAGUUAGGUGAGCAUUCAUAAACAGCGAGACAUCAGUCUAUGACCGUUUUCGUAGAUACAGAUUCAUGUCUUGCUGUGUAUGAGUUAGGUCAGCAUUCAUAAACAGCGAGACAUGAGUCUAUGACCGUUUUCGUCGUUGAGGUUUUCAGCGGUGAGGUGAGCGAAGGACGCAAGUAAAGAAAGUUGCGAGCUUGUGUCUCAGCUUAGUACUAUUUAAAAUAUGAGCAGCAGUGUUUUAUCAGAUAUAAAGAUACGAGGCGAAGCCGAGUAAAACUCGUACUGCGAAUGUUUUGAACUGAUAAAACUCGUAUGCGAACGUUUUCAAUUGCUUCGAAAACGAUCGAUCUAGUAAGUUCAUUGCGAAGUAAUUUUCAAAAAAUACGUUGCGUAAGUCGAGAAAAUCAAAAUCACAGUCAAAGUUUAUGUAACCGAAGGGAAAUCUCUAUCAUAUAACAACAUACGACACGCUUAUGAUUUUCCUUUGUGUUUUCCUCAUGAAUUAUUAAUAGCUGAAUAACUCUGCACAUAGAUUUCCAGUUGAAGUCGGUCGAUAUACUAAUAUUGACUAUAAGUUACGCCUAUGUCCAAUUUGUGAUUCAAAUGAUAUAGGUGACGAAUACCAUUAUUUUUUAAAUUGUAAAAAUUAUAAGUUAAAAAAUCUCAAAGAAAAUUUCCUGAAAGAGAUCCUGGAAAUUAAUAGUUGUUUUAGUUCACUUGGUAAAAACGACCUGUUUCUUUAUUGUAUAUCCAUGAAUGACAAGAGUUUAACAAAUUGUACAGCCAGAUACAUUUACGAGUUAACUAAGAUUUUCUCUGACUGUAUACUGUUUGUAAUUAAGAUUAGCUAUAGUUUUAUUGUUUGUAUAUGUAUCUGUUAUAUUGUAAUAUAUCCUAUGUACCAGUAAUGGUGUAAUGGAAUAAAUAUAUUAUUAUUUAUAAUUUUUCAACAUGAAAGCAUUGUUUGUCUAUAUUACUUGCAUGUAAGCUAUAGUAUAUAUUGCAUGAAAUUUAAGGCAAAAACGUUUAAAAAGCUAAGAUUUCCAGGGACAUGUAUUGGUCUCCUAAUCGUCCCCCCCCCCUCCCCUCAUUAGACCUCAAUAUUUAUCAAACUGUCCGCGACUGUAUGUUGUGUAUUAACCCACCUGCAACAUUCUGUUUUCAUUCCGUAUAAUUCUUAUCCAUGUAGAUAUUUUUAUCACCAAGACAAUACUGAUUUGACCUGUUGUGCUUUUCACAAGCAAACCAAGAUUUUGAUAGCUGGAUUCUCUUCUGGAAUAUUUGCACUUCAUGAACUGCCAGAAUUUAAUUUGAUUCACACGUUAAGGUAAAAAACCAUGCACACCAUGCGAGUUUGUAGGAUAGCAAACGCGGCACUGGUAUCACGGCAUGGAUACUAGCAUUUAAUCUUGUACAUGUACCUAUCCUUAAAAUUAUAUAAUCCUAACUGUAGUUUUAUUAAACCACAGUGACCAUAAAGUGACCAUAGAUCCAAUACGCAAUCAAUUUAAAUCAAGAUUCCUUUUGACUACUACAUUAUAUUAGCGCCAAGAAGGCGGCAGCAACAGCAAAAAUGAAGUGAAAAUAAUAUUUUUUGUACAUAGGAUAUGCACCCAAGUGGCAUUACGUGCAGACAAAUUAUUUUCAUUUGUUGUAGCUGUCGCAUUGUUCUGAAUCGUAACCCUCCUGAUAGCACCCUCUCGAGAUUCUUGUCUUGUAUCGAAACUGGACUGACGUUGAACCUCGCCUUCUUGUUCCUAAUAUUUCUCAGAAAUCAGUAACAGUAAACUCGCCCUCUUGUUCCUAGCAUUUCUCAGAAAACAGUAACAUUAAACCUCGCCUUCUUGCUCCUAAUAUUUCUCUGAAACCAGUUACAGUAAACCACGCCUUCUUGUUCCUAGCAUUUCUCAGAAAACGGUAACAUUAAACCUCGCCUUCUUGUUCCUAAUAUUUCUCAGAAAACAGUAACAUUAAACCUCGCCUUCUUGUUCCUAAUAUUUCUCAAAAACCAGUAACGGUAAACCUCGCCUUCUUGUUCCUAGUAUUUCUCAGAAAACAGUAACAUUAAACCUCGCGUUCUUCUUUCUAGUAUUUCUCAGAAAACAAUUUCAACUGUUGCGGUGAAUCCAAGUGGAGAGUGGUUAGCAUUUGGUUGUUCCUCGGUUGGACAACUUUUGGUUUGGGAAUGGCAAAGUGAGUCUUACAUUCUGAAACAACAAGGACAUUUUUAUGAUAUGAAUGUUCUGGCGUAUUCCCCUGAUGGUCAGCUCGUAGUUACUGGAGGAGAUGAUGCCAAGGUAAGCUCGCACUCAUACAGUAUUGUGUUUUAUCAGAUAAAACAUGACAGCGAGUGUUAUGAAUAGCUUAAAGUACGACUACAUUCUCCUCCGCAGAGGCUUCUUUUUUUUUUUUUUGGCUGGCCAAGUAAGUAGCAAGCAACGGGCGGGAUUUGGGCGGGUGCGGGUUGAGAGCGGGAUUCGGGCGGGUCAAAUGUAAUUUCUCAACCCGCACCCGCCCGAAUCCCGCUCUCAACAACCCGCACUCGCCGAAUCCCGCCCGUUGCCUGCUACUUACAGUACUUGGCCAGCCAAAAAAGCCUCUGCGGAGAAGAGUGAUACGACUACAAAAGAUGCCGUCUCAUUAGUAUUUUUUAUAUUAAAAUACUAAUUAGGAUGAACAAUUAUAUAAUGCCACAUGUGUUUUAUCACUCCACGUGACAUAUUAUGGCUGACAUGGUUUGCCACAAGGUUUAUGAAUUAUUAAUAUAGUAUUUUAAUUGGAUAAAAAACUUACAAAAUAUCAACGGAGGUUCACCAUGCAGUGUGUUUGGAUAGUUUGGAUCCGAUUUCGAAUGUCUGUGUUACCUGAGGUUUCAUACGGCGUGAUGUUACAGGUACCUGUUUAUACUUAGGUUCUGUAAUUUUUACAACACGUGGAAAUGUUUGCUUUGAAAUGGAGAACUCAUGCAGAAAGGAGGCAUAAUCACAAGCUUUUAAUGAUGUUUAGAGUAUUAAAUAAUAUGGCUCGUAUCCAUGCAUUUGCAAGUCUUCUAUGCUGUAAAUCAAAGAUAGUCACUCGGAAAUAGGAAAUUUUGUCUGACUUUGCCAAAACCACUAACUGAGAGUUUUGCCUUUUCUGGAGCAAUCGUUUGGAACAAGCUGCCAGAAGAAAUAAACUGCAGUAGUAUCGCCAUUUGAGAAACACAUCUCACGUCCCUUACAUCUUCUAGAGCUCCUUACAUCUUCUUACAAGUGACAUAUUUACGAAACCAUCCAGUUAUAUCAGGGACUAUGAAAGACAUGUUUAUAAUUCUGUCAUCUGUAACAAGAUAGAGUGCUCGAAAGCCAAUGUGUCCAUCACGGAAACGAGGCUUUCUAGCCACGGCUAAGUACCUUCCGGGAAGGUGUAUUGUAUCAGAUAUCAUCAGCGUAACCUCGAAGAUCUUGUUGCCAUGAUAUUGAAGCGAGCUAUGCAUGCAUUACAAGCUACAAAAAAGUUGACGUCAAGGGGCGGGGGAAACCUGGCUGGGAAACUUAAACAGCUUGUUUGUGUCUAAUCAUAUAUCCUUCUAUUACGUGCCCACCAUAUGCAUACCAUUAAUAGACCGGAAGCGAUUCUUAAUUCUCUGAUAACUUCCUUUUGUUGUAUACAAUAAAAUACAAGCCUCACCUCCGAUUUAUUAAUUUGAUAGAAAAUAAUACAAAUAAUGAAAUAUUUGUACGACUUUUGAUAUUUUGCUUAAUCAGUAAUUUUGUCGUGCAAGUAAUAAUCAUGUUGACUCUCAUAUCAUGCUAAUAAUAAUAAGUUAGCUCCCAUAUCAUAGAAAUAAUAUACAUUCCAAUCCCAUAGCAUGAUAAGUCCCAUAGCAUGCUACUUUCAUUCCAGUUUUUUCAUCCUAUUUCAGAAUGCAUGAUUUCGUUACAAUAAUUCCAUGUUUACUUGAUUGUGCAGGUAAAAGUCUGGAACACGACAUCAGGAUUUUGUUUUGUAACAUUUCAUGAACACACUGCUGGGGUGACAGGUGUUAGUUUUACUUCCAACGGUCAGGUUAUUCUCAGCUCUUCACUCGACGGCACUGUUCGUGCAUUUGAUUUGAACAGGUUUGUUGCUUUAAAAUUGUCUAUCUGUAGUAUAGUAGGUAGGUUUAUUAAAAUACUUUCGCACCCAUAGCUGAAUUACAGUAACGUUGACAAAAUAUUAGUAAAAAUAUAAGAAUUUAAAAGAUUAUACUACAAUAACACUUAAAAAUAAUUCAAGAACAGGCAAGCUACCAUUUGUAUUGGUAAUCUAUUCUAAAUAGGCAAAAAACAGUCGUGCACCUUGCGAGCACAUUGCUGGGAAAAAACUAUUUUUGAGUCUAUCAGUUCUACAUUGAAAGUGGCUAAAAUGGCACAGCUCUCUUCCAUGUGAUUCGGCAUUCUACACAGGAGCUCAUUGUAGUUUGGGUCCGAACAAUAUCCAGACUUCAUUGGCGUGAUUGGCUUACAGAUUUCAUGACGUAAUACUUAUAUAAUAAUAAUUAUAUUUAUCCAGGAUACCCACAUCACGUACGUAUCAAAAAUACAAUUACUUACAAUAUUUAAACAUCAUUCACUUUAAUCUACCUGUCGAAGACUGCAGACUGGCAGUCGAAAGCUCGUCCAAAUAAAUAUUUUUACCCAGUGAAAGUUUGAAACAAAUAUACACAUGCACUGUACAACAGUAAUGAUAAAAACGAACAAUUAAUGCAUAAAUCAUCGAAAAGUUGGGAAAGAAUCAAUCGUUUGAUAGUUAUAAGCCACUCGCAGCUUUCCUUGCAAUGUGGUGGACCAGUGGCGUACUUUGUUUUGUUUAGAUCACAAAUCAAGUCAUAUCGUUAACGAAAUCGAACUUGCGGCCCUGGCAGAGGGCCUAUAGUUGCAUUUUUCGCAACUUCUCCUUGUUAAGCCGGUUUUCCACUUGCGAUUUUUUUCACGCGAAGCGAAUUUUUCUUUUGUCUUUAUCCAAUUAGUUCCAGAUGGUUCCAGUUGAGAGACCAAAGACAAAUGAAAAAUUCGCUUCGCGCGAAAAAAUUCGCAAGUGGAAAACCGGCUUUAGGGCUAAUGUAUAGAAUUCACAUUCAACAUUUCCAUCUACAAAUCCCUUUAUAUUUUGUUUUAAUUUCAUCAUUGAACCACCACGCACGCUUGCGCACGUGUCACCAUGGCUGACAUAAGUUAAUAUCAGUAAUUAUUACCUUGAAGUAAUUUAUUUUAUUAUGACGUCACUUUUCGAUCAACAAACAACUGGGGUUUCUUCACUUUACGUUAUGAUACAAUUUUCUCUUUAUCUUUAGGUAUAGAAAUUUCCGAACAUUUGCGUCGCCUCGCCCGGCUCAGUUCUCUUGCUUGGCGGUUGAUGAUAGUGGUGAAGUAGUGUGUGCUGGAUCAUUAGAUACAUUUGAAAUUUUUCUUUGGUCAAUGCAAACUGGAAGAUUACUCGAGGUAUUAUUGAUGAUAGAUUUAUGUAAUUAGUCUUUUCCCAAAAGAGAUCACAGUGUAUUCUGGGAUCGUUUGGAGGGACAAAAUAUAUGGAGACAGGCGUCAAAUAUGUGAAAGAGUAGCUACCAUCUACCAUCAAAUAUCAACUUUUUACAUGACUAAAAAUGAAAUAUAUCCUUUUUACAUUGAAGAUUUAAUUUAAAUGUGUGCUGCCAUAUUUCUUGUCCCUCCAACAAGGGAUUCGCGCGACUAGACCCAGGACUUUGGGAAAUGGCUAAUUGUAUAAAUCGUUCACAUUAUAAAGCAGAGCGCACUCAGAGACUUGCAUACCUCCGCAAGCAAGUUAUGUCACGUAUCAUGCAUAAAUUAUACAAUGGGUUAAUUACGCAUCCAGUUUACUCUGACCGGCAAAGCAAGACAAACGUCUGCUCAAUAUUGCGUCUCAUCCCAUUUUCAUCCAAAUUGAACCACAAUGUAACCGAUUUUAUUUCUAGUAACCCCACAAAUCUUGGUAUUAAUCAUAGAUAUCUUAUAUAAACUAGAUAGCGCAUCUCUUUUAGUAAAAUUGAAGCCAAGAAUAUUCCAGCGGUUACCCCAUUUGAAUAGAUGGCGGCCAUGUUGGAGUUUCCCACUCGCUAAUAAACGCUUAAAAAACAACAAUAACUUUCAUCAUUUGAAUAGUUUGAAAAUGUAUUUGGGAUAGGUUUAACUUAAUGUUUGGCUCCGAAAAGCCCCGUUGGGGAGAGUUCAAUAAAUUAUUGUAUUGUAUUGUAUUGUAAGUUCCCUGUUUAAGAAAUAGAAAACAUACGAGUCUUCUCAUUUCAUGGGAAUAUCCUGAGUCUGCAAUCACGGCUUCAAUUUUUGAAUUGCAGCAUAAUCAGAUGCACUAUCUAGUGUAUAUAUAAGAUAUCGAUAUUAAUACGUUGGAUACAUUUUGAGUUACCGUGCAGACAAACACACUUACACACACAGACAAAUGAACUCUUACCGGAGGUAAUAAGGUAUGGGUUAUACAUGGAUAUAGUGUCUUGUCUGACGAUCUCAUCACUUUUGUACGACACACUUCUGAAGUUCUGUUCUCCAGGCUGGAAACCCAAUUUUAUCUGUAGACACCAUUCCCUGUCUGUAGUGCGGUACUGCCAGAGAGACUCAUCCGUGCACCGACUGGACUGAUAGUGAUAGCAACCUUGGUACUCACAAGACCUGACCAUCCCAACUCCCGCUUGACUAGAUGGUUUUUGUCGUUCCGAAGGACGAACAUCAUACUUUCUAUAGUUAUUAUCAGUAACUGUAUCUACGUAGCGUGUGUGCUCGUGACUGUAUAUACUGUAGUUUGCCUCCUCAUCAGGCUCUUAUUUUUGGCAAAUAUCAAUGGUUGGGAAAUAGAUCGAUUGUACCUGCAAUUAAUUCAUAUGCGCUCCCUUUCCCGGAAAUCUAGUAUUGUUUAAAGAAUAUAGUGUAGAUGUGAACUCGCUGCCUGACUAAAUAACGGUUCUCUGACGUUUUCCGACAAAACGCUCUCUUGGUAGGGAGUAAACAGAACAACAAAAUACCGUAGGGGUCUGUACUCGUCAGGUUGGAAAAUAUUAAAAUCACUUUCUCGUUUCAAGCAAAGUGAGCAUAGUUUGUUAUAGAAGUGACGCUACAAUCUCAUUUCUAUGUUUGUUAUUGGCAGGUAAUAGCUGGUCAUGAAGCUCCAGUUUCCAGUCUUUGCUUCAGUUCAUCCCAUCCAGUUCUUCUGUCUGGCUCUUGGGAUAAAACAGUCAAGGUAUGGGAUGUUUACUCCAGUCGGAUCGCUCGAGAAACUCUUCUUUUGAAUUCUGACGGUAAGCUCUUGGAAUUUUUACUAUCUACUCAAUUUAUGGUUAUCUCGCUUAUUUAUUGUUUCCCAUUAAAAGAAAUAUCCAAGUUCCAGAGGGCUUUUUGUUAUGGGGCUGUUGUAUUUUCCUUGCGUUUAUAAGCCCAUGUGCACUAUUACCAAAAUUUUCUUGUUUUCGUGCCAAACAUUCAGGAAUGCGACUAUACAUUCCCACGCCAAUAACUGCUAAUAAAGUCAGCUCAUUUCAGCACAAUUCCCGCAGACCAAUCAGAUUUAGCCAUUUUCAAAUUAUCGAUUUCACGACGGUAGGAAUGUAGUAGCAUUGCAGAAUGUUUUGACACGAAAUAGUAAUUCCUUAUUGAAUGAUUUGUACACACGAUAAAUUAAAAUGGUUUCCUUACCUAUAGCAUGCAAUACAGCCAGAUUUUAUAGGAGCAUGGGAUUUAAAAGUUUGUUGUGGUAGAAACAUUCCAUCUUUCACCAAAUGAAGAUAUAUUCUUACCUUUGCAAUCAUUGUUAUUGAAUAAUUGUAAAACAGUCAAAACAAUCAACAAAAAAGAUUGAAUGUAAUACAAGCCUCGGGAAUGGGCAACCUAUAUACAAACAUUCACGGCUGUGCCGUGCAACGGCACUUUCCACGAAAUGGAAUUUUUUCUGCAAUAUUACGUGACUUAAAUUAGCCAAUUUAAAUGAGGAAAAUGUAAUAAGGAGUUGUAAAUAAGGUAAUUUUACAUUACCCUGGCCAAAAUAAUUGAGAACAUGCAAUGUGGUACCGAAGUGCACGGAGAACAGCGGGUUAUACAACAUGGCGGCGCAUUUUUUACCUCGUUAGGGACUAUUCACAUUUCCGAAUAAACUAUUUUCUUAUAUCGUACAUAUUACAACGUGCAUGAAGGGUUGUUUUCACCACUCGAAGAUAAAAGUCAUAUCUUCGCACCAAUAGAGGACUAUAUGUAGUGAAUCUGCAUGGAAUCGUUCCUGUCAGAGGGCUAUGUAGUUGCAUUUUUCACAGCUACUCCUGGUUGGGUCUGAAAAUUGAAUAUAAUCUUCCGAUCGAAAUUUCCAAAUACAAAAACCAUUUCACUGUUAGUUCUGUGGAGCGAGAUGCUCAAAAAUCUGAUACAUCACAACAUUCUGUGUUCUCUUCAGUUGUUGCACUAACUACCAGACCAGAUGGAAAUGAGGUUGCUGUGGCAACAUUGGAUGGUCAGCUCACGUUCUGGGAUAUUUCAACUGCUAUUCAGUUACAUUCUAUUGAAGGACGUAAUGAUUUAGGAGGGGGAAGGAAAUCCAGUGAUAGAAUGACCGCUAAAACAUCGUCAGCUUCCAAGUAUGUCAUAAAAAUUGUAUAUAUCAUUAUGAUCGAAAUCUUUGCUAAAUUAGUUACCGUACAGCACCAUUUUCCUUCAAACUGAAAAGUGAACGCAGUUAAAAUGGAGAUUUAUGUAGUGUGAAAUACUACAGUAGUAGCCAUUCGAAUUCAAUUUGUUUGUUUGUUUGUUUGUUUGUUUGUUUUGUUUUGUUUGUUUGUUUGUUUGUUUGUUUGUUUGUUUGUUUGUUUGUUUGUUUGUUUGUUUGUUUGUUUGUUUGUUUGUUUGUUUGUUUGUUUGUUUGUUUGUUUGUUUGUUUUUGUUUGUUUGGUUUUGUUUGUUUUGUUUGUUUGGUUUUGUUUGUUUGUUUGUUUGUUUGUUUUGUUUGUUUGUUUGUUUGUUUGUUUGUUUGUUUGUUUGUUUGUUUGUUUGUUUGUUUGUUUGUUUGUUUGUUUGUUUGUUUGUUUGUCUGUUUGUUUGCCUGUCUGUUUGUUCGGAGGUUUUUUUUAAGAAGCGAAGCUAAAUAAAUGAAUAAAACCUGUCGAACUUCCUUCCAAUUUUCGCAUUAAAAACUGUUCAUAAACUUUAAUGUUUAAUGCAGAAGUGGAGUACAUGAACGUAUGAACUAUAGUACUCGCUGUUUCAUGUUCCUCGUUUCGUAAUCUGUCUUUUCCAGUAACCUCCCUAAAAACUGGAACGAUUUAUCUUGGCUUACGUUUUGAAGCCAAGAUUGAAGGCCGUCUUGUAGGUAUGCCCCAGGCCCCUACGCGGAAAUUCACUAAAUUCAGUAUGAAAAUCAGCAUCAUUUCAUAUACAAAAGUUUUAUAACUUUUCAGUUUACUGUUUGUUUAAUCGGGCUUUACUGUGUCCUUAAGAAACGACGGCGAGUGACCUUUCAUCUGAUGAGUGAAAAACAAGUUCAGAAAAAACUCCGCGGAGAAACACCAGCAAACUUUUGUUUUUCUGGACUACCUAUAAGGGGGUUGAAACGAAAACAGAAUAAUAUGGACUGCAGUUGCAUCAUCCUACCUUUUCAUUUAGUUUUUAGCUUUUAAAUAGGUCAUUUACAACUAUAAAAAUGAGCGUUUAUGCGCAAGAACUGAAAAACAUGGAUCGAGAAGAUCUAAUAGUCAUUUUUCAGCUCCCGCGAAGCCCACACAAAAUACACGCGUGUUUUAUACCAACAAGAGAGAUCACUCUAUUGGCCGCCAUGUUGGCUUCACCCGUUCUGGACUUUUCGUUCCAGUUUAUCUGGAGUUAUCGUUCCAGUUUAUACAGUUCAGUGAUCUUUUCAGAAAGCGUUUUCUUUAAUGAGAAAUUUUCGUUGCAGAUGUUUUACAAGUCUUUGUUACACAGCUGAUGGUACAUGUGUGUUGGCUGGAGGGAAAUCCAAGUUUGUUUGUAUUUAUAAUAUUGAACAGCAGGUUAGUGUUCUUCUUUCAGGCAUAAUCUGAAGUAAUUGGUGCAUUCUGUAGUAUUUGGUACAUUCUGCAAUCAUUGGUACAUUCUGUAUGCCGUAACGUACAUCUUCGUCGGGUUACUACUUUGUUUUGAGCCUGUUUAUCAAGGGUUUUGUGUCAUGACGUAUCAAAAUCAGUGAGCUCUAUAUAUAUCUGGAGUAAGAACUUCAGUCAUUCGGUCAAUGAGAAAAGUGAAGCCAAGAUGGCGUACAUCGACGUCCAAUAGCUAUGAAGGUCGUAAACAGUUUUAAUAACAUGCUUGUGAUGUUACUCUGAGUGUAUAUCCACACCGGGCAGGCUUGAAAAAUAUGCCUGGCCACGGUGGGAACAGAGUAACAUCACAAGCAUCUUAUUCACCUGAGUACACUACACCAACACAGCAAAUAUCAGUUUUAAUAACAUUUUUCCCAGCUAAUUCCAGUUUUUUCUAACGGACCGUAUCGCUAAACAAGUUACCAGUUCGUAAAACCAUAGUAGUAUUCUUUAUACCGAAGUCAAAAUAUAAAAUUUCCGCACACUCCUUGCCAGCUUCGUGUUAACUGCGCAAAAACAAUAGAGGGACUGGAACUGAUGCCCAAUAGCUCUUCAGUUCCCGCCAUCUUGGACUCGAGUGUGUAAUAGUUUUCCUCAAAUAAUCUCCGAAUCAAGUCGGUAAUUACGUUGUAUGGACCACGUUGCAGGCAUUUAUUCGUGGGUGGCGGCGGGCGGCGCCUACUCAGGCUACCGUUUAAGUUGAGGCUGGGACCAAUAAAUUUGUUCUUGUGAAUGUCAAUGAUAAAUUUGUUCUUGUGAACUUUUCCACGUUUUAGAUUUUGAUGAAGAGGUUUGAAAUAUCUCGCAAUCGAUCAUUUGAUGCUAUGCAGGUUUGUUCCAUAGAGAUAGUGAAAUACCGUAGUUACGUUGGGACACACGCGCUGUUACAUGAAUAAGCGCACGCGAUAUUGAAUGUUCCCAUUUUCCUGCCUAUUUCAAUGUUGUGGCCAGAAUUGGCGUCGUCUCUCGAAAGUACAGUAAUGCUUGGUAAUGAAAGAAACACUAGGUAUUAUCACAGUGGUAUUAUUUUACAAUUCAUCAUGCUUUGAGUAGGAAUGACAGUUUCUCAACACCUUGUUAGGUAAUUACGUCAGCGCGCGAGUUAGACUGUUGUGUGCAAACGUUGGGUUGUGAAUGUAAUUUGUUCGGGAAUUACAUCCUUAAACCCGAUUAGCUAAACAUGUCUAACACUUCAUAUAUUUCGAUAGUAAAAUAAUAAAAAUCAACGUUUUUUGAAGCUUUUUGGCCACACGAAGUUAGGUAUCGCUUUAUAUUCGCUGCGUGAGAUUGUCAGUUUGUUGGGAAGCAUAAGCCCUGGUAUUGAUUCCAAAAAGUAUGUCUUGUGGUGCACCUGGCCACCGGGCUGUUUUGCGCAUGCUCCAGCCUAGGCUCUAGCCUGCGAGCAGGCUCACAAGCUACCUGCACUCCAGGUGGCCAUACUAUAUGUAUGGUUCAUGUUUACAUCAUUUCUAUGAAUAUGACACAUUUUAAAAUUUCGGUUGGUAGAUAUGCAACUACCUGAAAAAUACAAGGAAAAAUUCGAGCGAUUUUCCGUCAUCGAAAUUUUGUUAUUAUUUGUCAAGAUUUCUAUAAAUAUGCCAUUUCCCGUUGGAUGUCAUCAUCUAUGAGGGACGUACAGUAGGUCAACACAUUCCAUGAGCAGUAGUAUUAACUGAAUCGAUUCAAUGUUGACGGCUUGUUUUUGAGAAUUUGCUUUUGGUUGUAUAGGAAUUUCUCAACAGUGGUCAAAUGACUGACGCUGGACCACUCGAUCUCAUUGAUGACAGUGAUGACGAAAGUAAUAGGAAAAAUUUAAGUCUUCCUGCUGUUCGUAAGGGUAAGAUGAUUUUAGUACCAAACGCAACUUGCAAAAAUGGAAAUCUGUCCAUAUUGCUUCUCACUUCAACCGGAAUUAUGGAAUUUUGCUUGUAAAAUACUUACUAUACUUCUGCAGCCUUUCCUCCUUUAAACAAUCUCUAGUAUCUUUAGCUUUUUUUUUGGGAGGGGGGAGGCAGCUUGCAUGGGACCGCGGAUCCUGUUCGUGCAUUUUCCCUUUCAAUUGAGUUUUUUAUGAAAUUUCACGGAAUUUCGUAGAAAACUCGAUUGAAAGGGUGAAUGCAUGAACAGGAUCCGAGGUCCCAUGCUAGCUUCCCCCCAAAAGCUAAAGUUACGGUUUGUGACACUGGUCAUGACAUGGAGAGCUACACUAGAUAGAAAGAUCAUCGUCCGCUGCCCAGUCCUCUAGGUAUAGAAUAUAUUGUCGGUGGUUAAUGUAUAUAGGGACCAUGGAAAAGAACUGUACGGCCUCUUAUUAACUUUAUCUCGUCAUUAUAUUUCUGAGUGAAAUAAUUUAGUCAUAUAUGCAAACUUGUUGAUUGAAGUAACGCCUUUUUGUCGUAAAUCCUUCUUGGUUCUUUUGAAGUGUGAUAAUUAGAAUCCGUUGCUUUGCUUUUGUAGGUGAUAUGAGUUCAAGAAAGGUGAAACCAGAAAUCAGAGUGAAAUGCGUUCGUUUUUCGCCAACAGGUAAGAUAAGCGACCAUGUUCUAUGAAUUCUCGUUAGAUCAAACAGGUACAGGUUACUUUAAAUUAGGAAACCCCUGAAUCACGAAAGUAUACGCGUCUCUAACCAGGAACGGUUGCGCAAAUUGCAACACUAGCGUUCUUGGUUCGCAAGUCUUCACUUGGAUUAUCCAUCUACUCCAAUAUUCAGUUUCAACCAAGUGAAGUGCAGAAAAUAUUUCAAACUCACCUUUUUAUACGUACAUAUUAGAGGUGUUCGGAUUCGGUGUUCCGAUCGGAUUUGUUCGGAUUUCGGAACCAAAAUAUUCAUAUCGGAUCGGAUUGAUAAAGUUGUUUCGCAGUCGGAUCGGAUCGGACUUCGAUAUUCGAAAUAAAAUGAAUUAAUUAUCCACGCAUCAUCGCAAGAAUUAAUUAUCCAUGCAUUUAUCAAAGCAUUAUCGCGGUUGUCGCUGCAUUGUUCGUUUGAUACUUCAAUUGGACGUCACUUUGUCAGCUUCUUGACAUGUAUUUCUUGCGUUUAUAUUUAUUUGGUUAAAUAUUUCAACUUGAAUGAAAAAAAUUAUUUUAUUAAAGAAUUCUUCGGAUCGGAUUGGAAUUCUUUAUCAAAACUUGGAUCGGAUUCGGAUUAGACAAUUUCGGAUCGGAUCGGAUUUUAAACAUUAGGCAAUUGUCGGAUUAUAACCGUCCAAUUCGAUCCGAUGCACACCUCUAGUACAUAUAUUAUUUUCACUUUGGACGCAGGUCGUGCUUGGUCAGCCGCAACUACAGAAGGAUUGCUGACGUAUUCAUUAGACGUUGCCAUGGUAUUUGAUCCAUACGAUCUAGCAAUAGACGUGACACCAGAAAGAACGAAACAAGUGUUAGAGAACAGAGAAUUUGCCAAGGCUUUGAUGUUAAGUUUUAGAUUAAAUGAACAAGACUUAAUACUUCAUGUUGUUGAGAGUAUUCCUCCACAAGACAGUGAGUAUUUGAUUUUUUGCGUCUACUGCAUGGUGUUCAACGCUGGUAGUGCAUAUGUUGUCUUAUUCUUGGGUUUCACUACAGCAUUAUCCAAUGAAUCUGACGGGGGGGGGUCAACCUCAAAUAUAUUGAUGCUUAUGUUGUAUUGGAGUCUGUAUUUGUCACCAAACACAAGGCUAAUACAUAAAACGAGCAAUCGGAUUACUGUGUUUUAUUUUAGAGUUGACCCCCAUCACUUUUGUGAUAUGAAACCCAAGAAUUCGAGGUCGGCGCUCUUGAAAAUUUUUCCUCUCAUAAUAUGCGGUACUUGACUAGCCUCCUCCGCAGGCCUCUCUAUGGGUUUUAGCCUGCGAAUGGGUUUCGAUUCGUCGGGUGAGAUGCCUGCGGAGGAGACUGGUGCUUAACCGGGGCGGCGCUCAAUUUGGGGCGGCGUUUAAACGAGUACAUGCGGUAAUCAAUGUAUUUUGUAUUCCAUUCUUUAGUUCAACUUAUCGUGCAGCAUCUGAAUGACAUAUACGUGGAUAAACUAUUGCGUUUUGUCGCAAGACAAAUAGAAAGUUCUAAACAUUUGCAUUUCUACUUAAUGUGGUGCCAUCAUUUACUCACAUAUCAUGGCGCGAAAUUGAAGCAGCGAUCUGGGUCUAUAAUGCCGUUGCUACGAACUUUGCAAAAGAAUAUGACGAGUCAUCAAAAAGAUCUUGCGAAAUUGUAAGUUGAUGGGAAGUGUAAAUUUCAUAUUUAUGGAUGUAGGUAUAUCAUUCAUGUUGGUUCACACAGUCUUGCUUAUAUUUUUUCGUGUUUUUGCGCGCGAUGUUUCGUGUGUCUUGAUUGAUCGUGCACACCAGCAAAUAAUAAGCAGUUAUUGGAUGACGUUUUUGUGAUAUCCAGCUCUGGUGCCGAGUUGUGUCGGUCAUGCGUGCCGCCCGCCCAUUAACUUGCUUCACUACUGCAAAGUCUUGCUUGACUACUGUAUUUGAAUUUUAUAUUGUUGUCCACAGUUCGCUUAUCAUCAUAUUAUUACUCAAAUUACUGUAUCUCAUUUUUCCUGUAAUAAUUUUUUGCUUUAUCAUGAAAAAUAGCCCAGGGCUAGGGGGUUGCACCCCCCCCCCCCCCCCCAGUAAAUCCAUCCCUGUCCAGAAUUAUCAAGGUCAAUAAUUUGACCGAUAACUUCCCGAGAUUUUAAUAUUUAAGCAAAAUUUCCAGGUGUAGACAAUGGGUGUAUAAUUACAUCAAUAUAUGCAUUAGGGUCUUUUGAUUUCUCACUAAACACUGAACAGUAAAAUUAUUCUUAAAGUUGAAUUUUUGUUCAAGAAGGCUAUUUUUGAAAAACACACUAGUAAAAAUGGCUUGCGCUCAGAAAUUAAAACGCAAUUUGUAAUCAUAGGAUGGAAGAUUGGAAGGCGUUUUAUGAACUAUCAAAAUACCAAACACCGCUCUACAUCUAAAACCUGGACAAAAGUUAUUUUAUGUGUUAGGAACCGAUCUAAUCUUUUUCAGAUAUGAUAGCAACCGAUAUAAUCUUUUUCAGAUGUGAUAGUAACCGAUAUAAUCUUUUUCAGAUGUGAUAGUAACCGAUCUAAUCUUUUUCAGAUGUGAUAGUAACCGAUAUAAUCUUUUUCAGCUAUGAUAGUAACCGAUCUAAUCUUUUUCAGCUGUGAUAGUAACCGAUAUAAUCUUUUUCAGCUGUGAUAGUAACCGAUAUAAUCGUUUUCAACUGUGAUAGUAACCGAUAUAAUCUUUUUCAGCUGUGAUAGUAACCGAUCUAAUCUUUUUCAGAUGUGAUAGUAACCGAUAUAAUCUUUUUCAGAUAUGAUAGUAACCGGUAUAAUCUUUUUCAGCUGUGAUAGUAACCGAUAUAAUCUUUUUCAGCUGUGAUAGUAACCGAUAUAAUCUUUUUCAGCUGUGAUAGUAACCGAUAUAAUCGUUUUCAACUGUGAUAGUAACCGAUAUAAUCUUUUUCAGCUGUGAUAGUAACCGAUCUAAUCUUUUUCAGAUGUGAUAGUAACCGAUAUAAUCUUUUUCAGAUAUGAUAGUAACCGGUAUAAUCUUUUUCAGCUGUGAUAGUAACCGAUAUAAUCUUUUUCAGCUGUGAUAGUAACCGAUAUAAUCUUUUUCAGCUGUGAUAGUAACCGAUAUAAUCGUUUUCAACUGUGAUAGUAACCGAUAUAAUCUUUUUCAGCUGUGAUAGUAACCGAUCUAAUCUUUUUCAGAUGUGAUAGUAACCGAUAUAAUCUUUUUCAGAUAUGAUAGUAACCGGUAUAAUCUUUUUCAGCUGUGAUAGUAACCGAUAUAAUCUUUUUCAGCUGUGAUAGUAACCGAUAUAAUCUUUUUCAGCUGUGAUAGUAACCGAUAUAAUCGUUUUCAACUGUGAUAGUAACCGAUAUAAUCUUUUUCAGCUGUGAUAGUAACCGAUCUAAUCUUUUUCAGAUGUGAUAGUAACCGAUAUAAUCUUUUUCAGAUAUGAUAGUAACCGGUAUAAUCUUUUUCAGCUGUGAUAGUAACCGAUAUAAUCUUUUUCAGCUGUGAUAGUAACCGAUAUAAUCUUUUUCAGCUGUGAUAGUAACCGAUAUAAUCGUUUUCAACUGUGAUAGUAACCGAUAUAAUCUUUUUCAGCUGUGAUAGUAACCGAUCUAAUCUUUUUCAGAUGUGAUAGUAACCGAUAUAAUCUUUUUCAGAUGUGAUAUAGUAACCGAUAUAAUCUUUUUCAGAUAUGAUAGUAACCGGUAUAAUCUUUUUCAGCUGUGAUAGUAUAACCGAUAUAAUCUUUUUCAGAUGUGAUAGUGGCCGUUAUAAUCUUUUUAAGAUGUGAUAUAGUAACCGAUAUAAUCUUUUUCAGAUCUGAUAGUAACCGAUAUAAUCUUUUUCAGAUGUGGUAAUAACCGAUAUAAUCUUUUGCAGACGUGAUAGCAACCGAUAUAAUCUUUUUCAGAUGUGAUAGUUUUUUUAGAUGCGAUAGUAACCAAUAUAAUUUUUUCAGGUGUGAUAAUAACCAAUAUAAUCUUUUUAGAUGUGAUAGUAACCGAUAUAAUCUUCAGUAUAUCUUGGAAACAUCAAAGUUCAAGAGGCAAGACAAUGAUGGUGCAGAUAAUCUUGUUACAACAGACAUUGAGAUGGCGGAUGAAACAUAACGAGUCUCUCUAGUACCUUACUCUGUAUGUACACUUCAUUUGUUUUUUGAGGCCGGGGAUCAUUACAUGCAUGGGGCCCUUUCAAGGUUGACAUUUCAGUUCAGCUGCUAAAUAUGGCAAGAAUUUCAAUUGCCAAGGAAGGCAAACACAAAUGUCACAAUGGAGUAACCAUGACUUUAGAGACAAGUAUUCUCAUUUGGACGAGGCAAUGGUUUUACCUUUAUGUUCGCCUAUGGUUUGCCUCGCUUUGCAAGAUGGCGAACCCGCAAAAGGUGUAUUUAGAAUGUCGCAUAUUAAAUUCGUCUGACAACGUUUGUAUACAUACAGUGAUGCACGCACGCAGAAAUACAUCAGAAAGUUUAGCUCAUCAGGCUUGCAAAUACAAAGCGAAAAUAAUUUUCUUAUGAAAUGUUUUUAGUUUAUCUUAGUAAGCCGAGUGUUUAUGCUUGUCGUCCAGUUUGUCUUUCUUUUAGCUCUAUUUUAGUUUACCAGUUUGAACCAAUCAUAUCAUUUUAUAUAGGCUAUUUGCACAUAACGUCGCAAAUAUGUCAAAACAAUGAAUGAAUGACUGGAUGGCAUGGAGUACAGUGGGAUUUUAAAAACAAUGAAAAUAAAAUACAGUGUGCAUGUAUAAACCUUGAAAUUUCCUAAGAAAUCCACUUUGCAAUUCUUAAGCAUAAAAGAUUUUAGAUCCCUGGGAAUUGAAAUCGAAUUGCUAGUACAUAUUACUGUUGUUGUACUGUACUCAUAAAAUAAAAACUUAUUAAGUGUCAUUAAAUAAAUG